UCUCCGUUAAAAGCCGAGAAAGCCAACCUUAUUUAUAAACCUGCCGGGACUUGCCUGUCGCGAUGUACAACACGGUGUGGGAUAUGGACCGCGAUGACACGGACUGGAGGGAAGUGAUGAUGCCCUAUUCCACUGAGCUGAUAUUUUACAUUGAAAUGGACCCUCCAGCUCUUCCUCCAAAGCCCCCCAAACCAAUGACUCCAGUCAAUACGAAUGGAAUAAAGGACAGUUCCAGCUUCUCUCUGCAGGAAGCAGAGUGGUACUGGGGGGACAUCUCAAGGGAAGAAGUAAAUGACAAAUUACGAGACAUGCCAGAUGGAACAUUCCUGGUGCGUGAUGCAUCAACCAAGAUGCAGGGAGACUACACUCUGACAUUACGGAAGGGUGGCAACAAUAAACUGAUCAAGAUCUAUCAUCGGGAUGGAAAAUAUGGCUUUUCUGACCCACUGACAUUUAAUUCAGUUGUGGAACUCAUUAACCACUACCGCAAUGAGUCUCUUGCUCAGUAUAACCCAAAGCUUGAUGUGAAGUUGAUGUAUCCAGUGUCGCGGUACCAGCAGGAUCAGUUGGUGAAAGAAGAUAAUAUAGAUGCUGUAGGUAAAAAGCUUCAAGAAUACCAUGCUCAGUAUCAGGAAAAGAGUAAAGAGUACGACAAGUUGUAUGAAGAAUAUACCCGAACGUCCCAGGAAAUUCAGAUGAAGAGGACCGCAAUUGAAGCAUUUAAUGAAACUAUUAAGAUAUUUGAGGAACAGUGCCACUCACAAGAGCGAUACAGCAAAGAAUACAUUGAGCGAUUCCGCAGGGAGGGGAAUGACAAAGAAAUUGAACGGAUAAUGAUGAACUAUGAAAAAUUAAAGUCACGCCUGGGUGAGAUCCACGAUAGUAAAAUGCGCCUGGAACAAGAUUUGAAGAAACAAGCUCUGGACAACAGGGAGACUGAUAAGAAAAUGAAUAGUAUCAAGCCUGACCUAAUUCAGCUCCGCAAAAUCAGAGAUCAGUAUCUUGUGUGGCUCAAUCACAAAGGGGUGAGACAGAAGCGAAUAAACGACUGGCUGGGGAUCAAAAAUGAAAAUAUUGAUGACACAUACUUUGUGAAUGAAGAAGAUGAAAACCUGCCACAUCAUGAUGAGAAAACUUGGUUUGUUGGGGACCUCAACCGUAUCCAAGCGGAAGACUUGCUCUGUGGGAAACCUGAUGGAGCGUUUUUAAUUCGAGAGAGUAGCAAGAAAGGAUGUUACGCUUGUUCUGUGGUAGCUGAUGGAGAAGUGAAACACUGUGUGAUCUACAGCACCCCAAGAGGCUACGGCUUUGCAGAACCAUACAACCUGUACAGCACACUGAAGGAUUUGGUUCUUCAUUACCAGCAGACAUCCCUCGUCCAACACAACGAUUCCCUAAACGUCAGGCUUGCCUAUCCUGUCUACGCACAGAUGCCCCCCUCUCUCUGCAGAUAAAUUCUGGGGAGGAGGAAAGCGUUGGCUAUCUUGGAUUCUUUUCUACAGUUUUUAUUAGAACUCGGAGGGCAUUCAUUCUCCUUAGACUGCUUGUUUUGCACACGAAGUGAUUCUGUGAAUGUGAAUCAAAAAGAGGCCUAGCAGCAACAUGACGACAACUUGGGUGUAGGUGUCCUGGUGCUACCUUAAAAGCUCAGCUCUGCUUUUACACUGAUACUUUUGUUUCCUUAUGAGGGGAAUAAACACGACGCAUACAAAAAAAAUACUGGAAGCAAAACAUGGUUUUAUGGAGAUCAUUUUUUGCCAGGCACCUUCAGUGGAACUUCUAAUGGGAUUUUGUUUUCUCUUGUUCUCGUAGAGACGAUUUGAAGCCUCUGUUUGAGGCAUCAGUAAUGUCUUUCAGUCUUAAAACUCCCAAGAAGCUAGGGGGAAACUCUACCACAGCAAUUCUUCUCUGUUAAUUUUAGCAGCUUCUCUGCGAAUCAGCCGAACUUCCAAAAGAGGGCUUGUCUUGAGGUAGCAUGGAAUUUGGUGAGAGAAGACCA